UACUUUCAUAGCACGUGCUGACCUUCAUGUGGAUACGGCAGUUUGAAGAAAAAAAUAAUUCCGGAUUAAGUUUUAGAAAGAUUUUGAUAAUUCGGACAUUAGAAUGAAGUUGUCAAAUGAAAAUGUAUUUUAAACCUGUGAUCGUUUAAAAUUCCGGACUGUUGGAGAAAUUCAAAGGACGUUUAUUCCCCGACUUAUCCGAACACGUGGAUUUUAAGAGUGAAUUAGAAUUAUAUUUUGUGAUGUAUUUAAGUGGUUGUGUGGGGUGUAUACCCAUUCAUCCUUCCCUACCCUACUGGCCUCAAGUUUCCAAUUCACAUACCGACAUGGUGGUGUUUAAAAAAGGGCAGUCGGUCGAAGUUACGGAACUUUUACAAAGAAACGGACACUCGGGAUAUUCCGCUGUGUACAACCCAAGGAAUGUGAACCACAGUCGAUCCCCACCCCCUUCAGGACUAGCUCCACUCCGGGCUCUAUGUGCUACAGAUAUGGAUGUGUACACGUCACGUGGAUCACAGAAAACAGACGAAUCGACCACAAACAGUAAACAAUUAAAAUUUGGAAUAAACCGAAUUUUAUCAGAAGAUUUUGGAAAAGAAAAAAAUGAAAAGGAUAUCACCCCAAAAGUCUUUAGUUCUAACCAUAGCAGAAGAUUUUCUCGUAUGACGCCAAACUGUCCGUGCACAACGUCAGAAUGUUCAUCAUUGAGUCACCUUUAUUCCUCUCUAUCUUCCGUCCAUUCUAUUCAUCCAGCUAUUUAUCAUUAUAACAACGGUGCUGAUUUACUGCCAGGUCCUUAUUCCAUACUCAGUACAGAGACACAUAGUCCAAACCAACCUAAGAGAAAGAGAAGUUGGUCUCGCGCAGUCUUCUCAAAUUUACAAAGAAAGGGUCUUGAAAAACGAUUUGAGGUUCAGAAAUACGUAACAAAACCUGACAGACGACAGCUAGCUGCCAUGUUGGGAUUAACAGAUGCUCAGGUGAAAGUAUGGUUUCAAAACCGGCGUAUGAAGUGGAGACAUGCGCAACAACAAAAGGAAAAGGGUGAUGAAAAUAGUGCGACCGAAGAUGAUGACAAAGUGGCGGAUAUGACGCAAUCCGAUGAAGAUAUCAAUGUGACGGAAGAUAUCUCUGACGUCGAUUCUGAUGUAGACGAAGAGGAAACGGAAGACAGUUCUUGUUUGGACCAAGGCGUAGAUCUAUCGACAAGUGAAAUGAAAGAAAGAACAGUGGCUAUUGACAAAUAACAAAUUUAUAUCUUUUAUGUAUUAUUGUUAGUAGUAAUGGACACCCAAGUGUUAUGGUUAUAACUUCAGAUCAGACCAACAACAAAACAUGAAUUGAGUUUUGAAUCAUAUUUGGUAUGUAAACCUCAGCUGCCCCCCCCCCCCCAUGACAAUGUUUAAAUGCAAAUGACGGGGUAAAGAAUUAUUGUAAAACACGACUGACAUUUACUGUAGGUAUAUUGACAACAUAUGGAUAUAUCUUAU